UAACCUGUUCCUGGGAUGCCAGGGUGCUCAAGUGACAGGUUCAUUAAGGCUUCUGCGCAUAAAAAACAUUUCCUUUACUUCAGUGCUUUUAGUAUUGAAAGCAAACACGAAGUUACAAUUCUAGGUGGACUCAACGAAUUCGUAGUAAAGUUCUAUGGACCACAAGGAACACCGUACGAAGGUGGCGUAUGGAAAGUUAGAGUGGACCUUCCAGACAAAUACCCCUUCAAGUCACCGUCUAUAGGAUUCAUGAAUAAAAUUUUCCAUCCCAACAUUGACGAAGCGUCAGGAACUGUAUGUCUAGAUGUAAUUAAUCAGACUUGGACAGCUCUGUAUGAUCUUACCAAUAUAUUUGAGUCGUUCCUGCCCCAGUUGCUGGCCUAUCCCAACCCCAUAGAUCCCCUUAAUGGUGACGCAGCAGCCAUGUACCUUCACCGACCAGAAGAAUACAAACAGAAAAUUAAAGAAUACAUUCAGAAAUAUGCAACGGAGGAAGCAUUAAAAGAGCAGGAGGAAGGCACUGGGGACAGCUCUUCGGAGAGCUCCAUGUCUGACUUUUCAGAGGAUGAAGCCCAAGAUAUGGAAUUGUAGUAAAAGACGUGUCCUGCUUUUCAGAGAGACUGACUUCCUAACCAUGCGCUGAGAAGCAGACUAUAAUAUUCAUAUUUAAACAAAGCAAUUUUUUAUUACUAAACAAGGUUUUUAUGAAUAAUAGCAUUGAGAUAUAUAUACAUAUAUAUAUAUCACCCUUUAGAUCUUGAUUUCUUGGUCGUUUCUCAGAACCCAAAGUGCAUCAUAGCACGUUUUCCCACAUUCCACUUGGUAGCAAUAUUGACGCCCAGAUGCCCCGUGCAUGCCAUCCGUUCAUAAUUCCAUGUGAGCUGCAUCAAUCUUGUGGGCUACUGAACUGUCAACCCAAACAGCUGCUUUGCUAGGAAGAGGGGUCUGGAAUCUUCCCUUUUCUUCUUCCUUCUUCUGCUUUUUUUUUAAAAUUAUUGGUUCCAAAGACAGCAGGACACCCAUGGAUGCAAAAACAAAACAAAAUAUACAAACAGCACUUUCAGAAUGUAAAAGAGAAGUCUCGUGGGGGCAGGGGGAGAAAUGCUAGUAAAAUGAUCAGUGGAGUCACCGGGCCUCUUUUUCAGUUCAUCUUGGCUGCUUACACUUUGAAUGGAGUUAUAUUAAAAAGAAAACAACAACACAAUAUCUACCACCGGAAUUACAUGGAGCUUCUUUUUCAGGUGUCAGGUUUUUACAAAGUGGCGUUUUGAUUUUUUAAAGUACAUUUUGUAUGGCUCUCUGGUCUGCCUCUAGAGACUGGUAGCAAUUGGUCUGUUUGCUUGGGGGAACCCUUUUUUGGGAAAAAAAAAAGCAUACAUCUGGGCUGUUAAGUCAUCUUGCUGAUCUGGAUUCUCAAAGGUGUCGACUUCUGUUUGUAAGAGACAGAAAGGAAACACGAUCCAGUAUUGGCUUAACUUUUCUGGAGUACAGAGAGUCCAAAACCCAUUGUGGUUUCAGCCAGACUCACUGGCGGGAGCAAUGAUGUGCUUAGAAUACACACAGAAAGCGGCUACAGACCUGAUUUGAAAGAUCUCCUGUUAAGAAAGAGCCCUUUAACCGGGUGGAUUUCUCCAAGCACCGAGUCAGUGGAAGGUUCCCUUGGCUGCUUCGGCCCUUGAUCCCAUCUCCCUCCGUUAAUCUUUGCGCUUGCUUGUUCUCCAGCUGCCGGACAGCGGCGGUUGCUUUGUUGAACAGGCCAAGACAAUCUAGGAAAACCUAAUGGGGGAGGCGUUAUUUCCCACCCACCCAGAAUGGAAUGGAUCGCCAGAGUGCUGUUUUCAGAGAUCCUUCAAUUGGAAAUGUUUUCAUUUUCUGCCCCCUCCCGCCCCGGUGUAUUUUUGAACCCGUGACGCCCCUCCUCAAGUGAAUGGCAAGAGAAUUGCGUAACCAUAAAUGCCUACCUGGGAUGUUGAUGAUACUUGAAUGUGGAUAAGAGCAGGAGCACCCGAACGAGAGAUGCAUUUGCCAAUGUGGAUGUAGCCUCUGCUGUGUUUAUCAAGGUUUUCCAACAGGAAAUGUGGAGAAGGGGUUCGAAACGGCUCUUAAGGGGCCCUAGAGUGGAAUCUUAAGACUUGGGUGACUCGAGUAAGAAGCUGAAUGUCAAAGUAAGCUCAGCGCAUUGUAUUUCCCCUUCUUUUCUUUUUUUAAAAUGCCAUUAAAGUUUGGUGUCAUUGUGUGUGCGUUGGGGGGAGGGAGUGUCAAAAGAGUACAGUCCUAAAGCGUGAUGGGUUUGCCUCCCUCGCUUUUCUUUUUUGGAAAGAUCUUAUGUAAAGUAGAAUUUAAUUUUGGCAUGAUUAUUUUCCUUUAAUAAAGCAAAAGCAUACCAAGUA